AUGGAUGUAUCUGGUCAAGAUACAAGCGAUCACUGUACUAAUUCAUCUGAAGGACCUGUAACCGUCGCACAAGCAAGAUAUGAUCCGUUUUUUACACGAAACCUAAGAGUUAUUGAGGAUUUAUUAAUUGAUGAGAAACGAUAUCACAGCACUCCUGGUUUCUGUGUUUCACAAUCUCCCGCAAGAACCACAUGGAUGAGACGAUCUCUUCUUAAUUGGCUUCGAGAUAUCUGUAUCCAUCGUGGGACUGAUGGUGAAGUUCUAGCACACACAGCACAGCUGAUUGACCGUUAUAUGCACAUAGUGCCAACUGAGCAAAAUGAGUAUCAACUUGUGGGUGCAACGUGCUUCUUCAUCUCUAGCAAACUGAAAGAAACUGUACCUAUAGCCUUAAGAAAAGUCACAGAAUACACAGCCAAUUCACUGACAGAACAGGAUGUCUUAGCCAAAGAACUUACAGUGUGUAUAUCACUCAUGUGGGACUUGACUUGCAUUACCCCGGUAGAUUUUGUCGCUCCUGUGGUUGAGUUCCUUGAGUUCGUACCUAGCUUGCGUCAAAUUAUUCGUCAGGCUGCACUUUGUAUAUAUAUUAAGGCUUUUCACGUUGAAGAAAUUAGUACUUAUAUGCCCAGCUAUAUAGCAGCCGCAUGUAUUCUUUAUGCUUUGAAUCUAACUGUACAUCGGGAUUUAAGUGAUACUGCUAUCAGAUCAGUCACCCGUAUUCAGCGAAUUUUAAGGCUUGAAGCACGCAAAAUGCGUGAAGCAUAUCAGAUUCUUCAAGCUUGCUUUGAACCUGGAACUGUGCAACUAUCAAAUGCUGUGUUAGAAGGUGAUAUAGAACCCCCUGAAAGUCCCGUUCGUGAAGUACCGGUUCAUCUUGUCCAUCAAUUACAUUCCUCUUCUACAACACCAGUCAACACGACUGUAUUACUUCCACUAGCGACUAGUAUGUAUAUCCACCCACAUCUUAACUCGUCUAAUCAGUCUUCACUAACUUCUGUUGAUAUUCCUUCUCUAUCUACCUCCAUGGUUUUUGUAAAUAAUAGCGUAAGCUUUGAUCGUAAUUGUAAACCUACAACGUCCGCUUCUCUUUCAGCUUGUUCUACUUCAUCCCCUCCUUCAGAAGCUGAAAAUAUGGGAUUAAGUGAGCUAGAAAAUGAACAUUCUCGUUGCGCUUAUAUUAAUCGAUCCCGGUUAUCUAUGCCGUUAAUUCAUUAUUCUCAUUCUACCCAGUUUUGUCAUCAUUCUAAUGUAUCAGCUACUGAUAAAUUAAGCGAACGCAAACUGAUCCCAUUAGUUUGGGAAAAUCCAGUUUCAAAUCGGACAAAUCAGUAUAAGUAA